ACAAAUACAACUAUACUUUUUAUGCAAAUGCGUGCCAUGUUUGUGUACACGACUGAUAUAUUUUAAAAUGCUCUUUUUAUUAAGUCUACAACAAACAUCCCAAAAGGUGUAUUUAGUAAACUGAUGCAUGAUUCAUUGGAUUUGUUAGAUAUUUGAAUAAGAAUGGCAGAAGUCGAGUGGCCGUGGCAAUAUAGUUUUCCUCCCUUCUAUACUCUUCAACCUCAUACAGACACCAGGGCUAAACAAUUGGCAGCAUGGGAAAGCUUAAUACUAGAAUAUUACCGUGUCACAAAGCAGUCCAUUCUAGAUAUUCGAGAAGCACACACAAGCCCAUUGUUUAAUAAUACUGCAAUUAAUCGGAAGUUACCAUCAGAAGUUGUCCUAUUGGUCUUAGAAGAAUUAGCAAAGUCAGGAAAUGCAAGUCCAUUAGAUAAAAACAAGCACAGAUGGUUGGUUUAUUGGCAUACUUUAGAAGAAUGGGGUGAGAUAAUCUACAAUUGGGCACAAGAGAAAGGAUUCAUUGGAUCUGUAUGUACUUUGUUUGAAUUAACACAAGGAGAAGAUACAGUGGAUCAAGAAUUUCAUGGGCUUGAUACAGAAGUAUUACUUAGAGCACUUAAAACAUUAGAAACAAAUAAAAAAGCUGAGUUAAUUUUAUUCGAUGAUAAUCAAGGUGUUAAGUUCUUCUGA